CCCAACCGCGCCACACACCACCAGUAUCCCACCACGACCACCACUACCCUCGCUCUCUCAGUGUGUGUGUGUUGAUGUGACUCGUGUGGUGGAGUGUAGCGCCUGUGAGAGAAGGAGAAAUAGCAGUACCUUAUGAUUUUUUGUUGUUUUAUCGCUGUUUCUUUGUAAUUGACAACACGGAGAUGAAGUGAGAAGUUAGAAUAUAAUGAAGUGCACGACAAUAGACCGACGAAACUUUUGAAAACUUAUGACCCGCUUGGAUGUUUUUGUUUGUUGAUAUGUUUUGAAGGCAGUGGGGUAUUUUUUUUCUCUCCCUCUCUCGCUUUCACGUUAAGAUUUUUGUGUGACUUUGUUGAUCCUUAAAACACGAAGGGGAGAAAAGAAGAACAAAGUAUCGGUAUUCAGUUCAACACAGUUAUCAUCUCAGCGAGCAGUGUGGUUCGCCAAGGGGAGGGAGUCAGUCGGUAAGAGUGCUCAAGGCGGCGGCGGAAGCUGAAGGCGGAUGAGGGAGGAAGGGAGGUCGCCAAUCAAUCACCUUCCCUCUCCCGAUCCUGACACGAACUGAGGUGAAGGUGACAGAGUGCUGACCUUCCUGUUUGUGGUCGCGAGUCUUCGGUCUGACACUUCCAUCUGAAACGUCGACUUAUGUAGCUUUUUCUUUUUUUACGGCAAAGGAAACACAUAAAAAAAGAAGAAGAAACGAAGAAAUGAAGGAAAAAGUCCGCUAAUUUUACAGUAAAGGAAAUAACUCAUGGGCUCUCAGUUUUUCUCCCUCGAGCGUAUUGAAAACAUGGAGUCAAAUAAUUUCAAGAACACGCAUCUGUCUCUGGUUUUGACAUCAGGGGAAAUAAAAUCGAGAAUCCUGCAUCAAAUCUCGUCCAACAGGUGUCCCGCAGGUGUUCUUUCCCGUAGUUAGUGUCAAAAGGGAUCUAGUUGAUGGGAGGGGAUUCAGUCAGGCUCUCAGAUUGCUUAAAUUUAUCCUCCCUGAUUGCCUUCCUCAGCUGCGCUCUCGUGGUGUUCCGAACUCCUUACGACUUUCCGGUGUGGCGUCUUCCUCUUCGUCAGAUCAUUUUAGAGCCAUCAUCUUCAUUCCUCGUGCUCGUCUCCACGGACUCAUUAGUUAAGGCACCUGAUUCCUCCACUCAUUUUCAUCUAAUUUAAAAAGAAACGUGUGCUCUGAAUCGUAAUAAGACAGUGGAAGGAGAACCGAGGACUUAUAUCACAUUCAAGAGUCAGUGUACGAUUGUUCUCAUAUCCUCCUGACAUCGAGAAUCAGAAAUGACAACCACCUUUAACGGCUUGAAGUGAAAUUAACUCUGAACACGGAGCCAAAAAAAGAAUCCACAUAUCAUUUGAAAAAACACAUUCAAUAAUAAGUGUAAGACAUUUUCCACACAAACUCCAACUCCGCAAAUGAGAAAUGACAAAGUGACGUCGACCUUUGAACACUGGACUAACUAACGCUUCUACAGAUCCUUGAGGAAACGCGUUCAAGUCAGCGUAUGUGAGACUCUCUUCGUCCUCCGACUUCGCAAAUCAAAUAUGACACCCACGUUCCGAGACCCAAAGUGCAGUGAAGUCAACCUUUGAACACUGGACUAACUAACGCUUCUACAGAUCUUUAAAGAAACGCCCUCAAGUCUGUGUGAGACUCUCUUCGUCCUCCGACUUCGCAAAUCAAAUAUGACACCCACGUUUCGAGACCCAAAGUGCAGUGAAGUCAACCUUUGAACACUGGACCAACUAACGCUCGACCAAAUCCUCCGAAGUUCGACACAAUGACCUCCACCAUGUCCUCGGCCUCGACCUCGGCCUCACCCUCGCCCUUCAUGGACCUGUCGGCGAUGAACGUGACCGAAGAGUGUCUGGUCGAGGUCUCCACCAACAGCAGCCUCAACGAGACCUUUGACGUGUGUUCCUACAUCAUGGACACACUGGGGGAACCGAGGCUCAGGUACUCCGUCUUGCUGCCGAUGACCGUCGUGUACUGCGUCAUCGCGGUGGGCGGGGCGGUGGGCAACGUGCUGACAUGUCUCGUGGUAGCCAAGAACCGCACGAUGAGAACCUCCACGAACUACUACCUCGUCAACCUCGCCGUGGCUGACCUGCUCACGCUCUUCAUCGCCCUGCCGCUGGAGGUGUACCAGAUGUGGGUGCAGUACCCGUGGCCCUGGGGCGAGAGCGCCUGCCGCCUGCGGGCCAUGAUGCCGGAGCUGGUGACCCACGUGUCGGUGCUGACCAUCCUGGCCGUGUCGGGGGAGCGCUACGUGGCCAUCACCAACCCCGUGUACGCCCGCACCACCCACACGCUCGCCCGCACCGCCCGCGUCCUGCCCGUCAUCUGGCUGCUCUCCCUGGUGGCCGCCGUGCCCUGGGGAUACUACUACCAGGUCAACCAUCUCAAGGACCCGCUAGGCGUUGAGCUGCCCCAGAGUUCGUGGUGUGCCAUUCCCUACCACAUCACGGAGAGCAGCUCGUCGUGGCUCAUCUGGCUCUCCUCCGUGGGCGCCUUUAUCCUGCCCAUGACCAUCCUCAUCUUCCUCUACUGCAGGAUCGGCGUGGUUCUCUCCAUGGAUCCACCCACGCGCACUCCCACGGCAGGCAACGGGGCCAUUCACACGCGCAGGAUGGGGAUCAGGAUGCUGGUAGCAGUCGUGGUGGCGUUCUUCCUGUGCUGGGCUCCCUUCCACGCCCAGCGGCUCAUGUUCGGCAUCAUCACCAGCAAGGACCAGUGGACGGAGACGCUGCGCUCCAUCAACACGCAACUCUACUGCUUCACGGGAACCUGUUACUACCUGAACUCCGCCAUCAACCCGCUGCUGUACUCCGUCAUGUCCAUCCGCUUCCGCAACGCUCUGCGGCGGUCGCUGUGCGGCGGGCGGGACUGGGCGCGGCGCCAGCAGCUCUACUUUUCCAACACCACACACGGGCAGCUGCAGCUCUCCAACAACUCCAACAUCCUGCUGAGAACCCGAGAGUACUCCCUCACCUCCUCGAGGAGACUCAACGAAACCUCCAACAGGAAUGGCGUUCACUACGGGUUCGAAAACAUGGACAUGGAUGCCUGAUAUUCGGCCGACGCUCUCGAAGCGUCGCCGCCAAAAAUAAAGGAUUUUUGUGCCUGUGCUAAUUUAAAGCCUCAGAGAUACAAUUCCCUGGCCGUCAAUAAGCUUGCCGACAGUGUGGUGUAGGGACAGAAGUCUUAUGUGAUUUAUAAAGAUAUUUAAUAUUUCAAGAAAUAUUACCCCUAUCAAGUACUGGGACAAAACUAGAAAUACCUGAAUACUAGAUUCAGAUCUAAUCUGAACGAGACGACAAUGAUAUUAUGUGUGAAGGUAGCCAUGGGACUACUGGCACGUGUUUAGCGCCAAUGGCGUAGCCUGUGAUGACACUAACAGAUUAUACGUGUGUGUAUAUGUCUACAGUGAUGUUCUUAUAGUCUAUGUUGAGUUCCAGGUGCUCCACUAAACCGAAGUCGCAGUCAAUGUUAAGUUUAAUGGGUAACAUGUAUGUGAUUCAAGCCACUCGGUGACAGGCGAAGCGAACUGUUAACACGUUGACACUCACCAAGCCGUCACCCUCGUCACUGAGCUGCCACCUUUAUAUCAGUGUGUGUGUGUGUGUGUGUGUGUGUGUGUGUGUGUGUGUGUGUGCAUAUUGUUAGCAUUCAUAAAUGACAUACCAUAUAUCAAGAUCCAUUAACAAAUACUAGAAUGAAAACCAUUUAUCAUUAGUAAUCAUUUGUUCUAAGGCACCGGCCGGGUCCACCCUCCCACACCCCUGCACCAAUUAAUAUUCCGUUCACACCACACUUCCCAAACUGCAGACGAUGACACAAAGGUCGGUAUUAUGAGAUUCUUUGGCUUCUCACACCAGCAAUUUCUAAAGGUCAAAGAGAGGGCCAGUUGAGUUCUAAUGAGUGUUUCUUCAGGUUCACCGUACAAAGGAGGGGUCCAACUACUACCAGGGCCAUAAAACUACCUCUGGAAAUGCCCACAGCUCCUACGAAAGCCUUGUCAAAUUUGGGUUCUUGGGCAGCGAAAUGUCUAAUAAUACGACCCAAAGACUCAAAUUAACAUACCUGACAUUAUAUCAUGUUGUUCUGUUCAGCUUCAAACAUUCCGAGGAUAAUUGAGUGCCGGGAGCCGUGACCUCUUCAUUGCAUCGAUGGGCUGCUCUCAUACACUGCGGGAGGAAGGUAACCAUGAGCCGGCCAGAGCAACGCUUGGAAUCCCUCUCCCGUGCGAUGGCAUGAAUCAAAAGCUCCUCGAAGUACAGGAGAAAUUCAUCUACUCGGGAAUAAAUUUUGAUCCCAACUGCCUGGAAAAUCCUAAUCCGUGCCGUGGAUACGCGAGGCGGACUUCUAGCUCAGUGAUGCUCAACUGUUAUCUUACUUUAUCUUCGGUAUUUCUAAAGUGGUGAUGUAUGUUCUCUCGCCCAGAAUCCGAGGAGAAACAUGCUUCAUACAAGGCCUUGCAUUACUUCUUGGGAACCCCACCAUCUUGAGAACUCUUCCGUACCUCAAGGCUUUCCCUCGCCCACCCCUUGGGGUAAACACACCCCCGUUUCAAUUAAAAAAAAAACACUUUUCUAUCGUCAGGCCGAAAGGGAUACCCCGUGUCUCCAGACGUUCGGAGUCCUUAUCCGCGUCUCGGGCCAUUACCUCCAUACACCAAUUUCCGGCCGUCUAGAUAGAGGCCGUUCCCCCGGGAGGCGGCUGUAGCCUCGGUGCAGCGAUGUGUAUCACCAAGAAAACUAUACAUUCAGUUUGGGUCUAACGCAUCCUUUUUCCAGGUUAAUAUAGAGGCAUAUUCCUUAUAGUACAUAUUUUUCCUUCGAGCUGAAAUGUUGAAUAAGUAUCUUACUUUGCAGUCAACUGAUUUUUUUUUUUUUUUUUUUUUUCGAAACUUGAGAGCUCUUAUUUAAUUAUACAGCGAAUGGGCAUCAGAGCCUCUCUCCGUGCCUCCAGGCAGCUCUUGUCUUAUCUCGGACGCACCAUUUUAUUCAUUACUCAGAAAGAUGCUCUGGAAAUCUUAACUAAACUAUAAAAAACAACGAUUGUCCAAAAGAAGAGGAUAUAUUACUUGUCGUUUGACAAUCUUUAAAUUUCAUAUAUGCCCAGUUUUACAGAGCUCACCCGCGUAUAAACUGUCGUACAAACUGGCAAACAAGUGAUAUAUAGGCGGUGCACGGGACGCCAGCCCACCGGUAAUGUGAACAGAGGUCGCGGCGAGCCAAACACAAGGCAACAAAACACAAUACCCUGAACACUUAUUACUCCUCACACUCGUUUCCAACAGUGCUACAAAGACCACUGUCCCCGUACUGACGACUUUAGUGUUAUCAGUGAGACAUGACGGACUUGCUCACGCUGCACACUGGUAAGAGUGAACCGCGCGAAGUGAUGACGACUCCGGACAAUAAGGGUGGAUGUUGUUGUUGCUGUUGUUGCUGGUGUUACUGUGAUGUCUUCAGUCACUCAUAAAGGGAACCCGUCGCCUGGUGCUCGCGCGCUGGGAUCUGCUUCACCGUUACCUGUUUCCUUACCUGCCAGGGCGAAUGUCUGCCCGAGGUAUCUCUUCAACACCUUAACGCCUGAUUUUCUAAACGUCGUAUCGGUCUUUAUCUGCCUACGACUUGGAUUCUUUCUAGAGGAGAGUAUCAAGACACCUCUCCUCCCGAAACUGAUCUCUCUUCUGCCCUCUUGUUCUUUCUUCUUUUGUUGGAGUAGCUGCGUCUAGCGAGCUUUUUUGUUACUGUUGUUGUUGCUGUUGUUGUUUUACCUUGAGCUGCCUCCCUUGCUGUAAAAAAAUAAUGUGGCUGAUUCGUCUUUUUUAACUUUUUUUUUUUUAGGCAUGGUUAGCUGGUUUUGUUGGGUUGUUGUUUUUUUAUAUAACUUUUUUUACGACUGAGUUUGUAAUACUCUGCUAACUAACUUAUUAUUUUUACUUCUUGAUUUCGUUUCUUUGUUUGUUUGUCGUGUAUUAUAUUUUAAGAUUUUUAUUACCCUGCUUCUCCCUCGAUUUCUAUAAUCUUCUCUAAUUUCUCGUUUUCUUUCUCCUUCUAUCCCUCUGUCUCUCUACUUUUCUAGUCCUCUAUACUCACUCGUCCCCUUUCUCCUUCUACCCCUCUGUCUCUCUACUUUUCUAAUCCUCUAUACUCACUCGUCCCCUUUCUCCUUCUACCCCUCUGUCUCUCUACUUUUCUAAUCCUCUAUUCUCUCUCGACCCCUUUCUCCUCCUCUCAUUACUUUCACUCUCAUCUCCUUCUCGGCGUUUCAGGUGUUAGUGGGAUGCUGGACAGGUAUCUUAUAGUGUCCGCAUCCCUUCCUCUCUACCUGAUUCGUCUCUCAUAAUGAUAAUAAUAAUAAUGAUACGACGUUUGAAAAAUCAGGCGUCCGUCGAUUGAUCAUUUCACCUGCGAUUUCUCACUCUCACGGCCAAGUGUGACGAGAAAGGUGUUGUUCUUUGUACACUUCCUCCUCCUUGUCAUAAAUAAAGCAACGUUUACAUAAAUAUAUAUAUACAUCGACGUACUCUUGACAUCAAUAUAUAUUUUUCUCUUCCUCGAGUGCAUACUAAAUGAUCUACUCCAUGCACCUGACUCUUCGUGUGUGUUAUUAUUACGGUAUCGAAGUUCGUACAUACAUAGAAGUAGAUAUUUUUUGAUGAGGUUCAGUUUUGAGGUAGAUUAUUUUUAUGAGGUUUAUUUUUUUAGGUUUUUAUGAGGUCUAUGAGGUUUAGUUGGUAGAUUAUUUUUAUGAGGUUCGGUUUUGAGGUAGAUUAUUUAUAUGAGGUUUAUUUUUUUAGGUUUUUAUGAGGUCUACGAGGUUUAAUUGGUAUAUAUAUUUUUAUGAGGUUCAGUUUUGUAAUGUAUCUCGCUCGCUCAUCAGCGGGAAGAAAUUUAUAAUCCUUACUUACAUUUUUCUUUUUCUUUCUUGUUUUCCAUGCUGAAACUCGUGUGUGUGUGUGUGUGUGUGUGUGUGUGUGUGUGUGUGUGUGUGUAUCAAGACAGUAUUGUAUUCCUGAAUGAUUGUGGAUUAAUACGAAUUGUCAAGGUAAUUAUUGUUGUUGUUAUGGAUAUCAUUAUUAUUAUUAUUAUUAUUAUUAUUAUUAUUAUUAUUAUUAUUAUUAUUAUUAUUAUUAUUAUUAUUAUUAUUAUUAUUAUUAUGUGCUACAACGAUGUGACGUGAACGGAAUACAUGUAAUACCUGAAAUAUUUAACUGCAUUCAAACUAUACAUAACAUGCCUACUAAAAAUCCGGUAUAGACACAAAUAUACUUAGAAAUGUACUAACAAACCUACAGACAUAACCCUCCCCUCCUCUACCCGCACACCCAAACACACACGCACACUUCAUAUACCUUAUUUUAACCUGGUAGCUGCAGUGAUCAUGUUUCUUAAAGGCCCCUCUAAGCGAGAAAAAUGAGAAAAAAUCAUCACUCACGCAAACCAUUUCAUAAUAUAUAUCAACGCAUUUGUGAUCAGUUUAUGCAUCAUCUAUUUUUUGGGGUUUAUAUCAAGGCAAAAAUGUGGCCCGUCGCUGGUACACGGUAAAGCCACAAAUUUGGCCCGUCGCUGCUACCGGGUUAAUGAACUUAAGUCUCUAAUAUUUCAGCCGCGUCAGGUGAAAUACUGCCGCUCAUUACUCACACCCUAAUUACCUGAGUCCCGGCGCUGCUGCAGGUGCUCGCGUGGGCUGGAGGAGGGCAGGAGGGCGAGGCUGAGAGGGAGAGAGGAAAGGAUAUUUGUCUGCACGUUAAAGUAUUCUCAGACACUUUCGGCUCGCACAACAACUAUCUGCAAAGGCCACAAAGGAGAUUAGUCGGGUACUCAUGAGUGGUUGUUCACGUUCAUGGUGCAGAUGCCUUGUCAGACUAUCACUAGGCCCACAAAACUACACUUGGAAAUACUAACACACCCUCUACGAAAAGCCUUAUCAUUUGUGGAUGUGCAAGGUAAACAAUUGAUUAGUUACCUGAUGAAGCACUAUAGAAAUUGAGAUUAAUUAACUUAUGAGGUGAUUCGCUGGAUGGAAGGAGUAAAAGAAAGGAAGGAAGAGGUACGGGAGGAUAGAGGGAAGGAAGGAGAUAUGGAAGAAAAAAGAUAAGUCGGGUUCUCAUGAGUGGUUGUUCACGUUCAUGGUGCAGGAGCCUUGUCAAACUAUCACUAGGCUUAUUAAACUACCAAUGGAAAUACUACUAACACAACCUCUUCGAAAGCCUCUUCAAAUGUUGGUGUAUAAGCCCAGAAGAAAUGUUUGAGAAUAUGGGUCUAAGAUUAAGUUGUCACCCGGUUUCGUAACAGUUGGAAAUGUACAGGAAACGAUACUGAAGUUGCAUAGAUAGAUAGAUAGAUAGAUAAAUAGAUAGAUAGAUAGAUAUUUAUUGACCACAACUUACAAUAAAAACGCAUCAAUCUCUAUUUUACAAAAUGGUCCAAAAACUAGCAUUUCUUUAAAACUCAGAAUGAAAACAUAUACUAAACAAAAACGCAGAAUACGUACAAGGUAAUAAAAACACUUAACACCACAAAACAUACAGACCAUAAAACGAACGAAACACGUUAAAAACAAACAAACAAAUAAAAAUAACUAAAACAGUUGAAAUCUAUAAUGCACACUGGACUAUAUUUUAAACUCAGAAUGAAAAUAUACACUAAACAUAUGGGCUUUGAUCACAUCCACACACACCCAGGAAGCGGGACACAUAACCGUACUGACACGACACCCGGUACCCGUUGACUGCUUGGUGGACAGGGGGCAAGGAUUAAUAAAAGAAACUGCUCAUUCGUCUCUACUUCGCCCGGGAAUCGAACCUCGGAACUGGAGUUUGUGCGCGUGUGUGUGUGUGUAAUGGUUUCCUGAUACACAACUUCCCGGAAUGGAUGGAUGGAUAAGCCGAAACAGUCGUAAAGGAGAAACGGUUCCCUAAUUUCUUUCGGUUCGAGUUUACUUGGGUCGUUUGGUCCUCGAAUUAGUCUGAGCGGAUUGUGAAAGUUUUGCCCCGUGACACACACACACACACACACACACACACACACACACACACACACACACACACACACACAACUUUAAUGAGUAAGCUUAUUAAGUCCUUCGAUACGUCCAAACACACAAACAAGCCCGUCUCGUACACAACAACAAACACUGCAAUGCGUAACAAACACUGUGGCUCGCUUAUCUAAUGCUCAAGAUCUUUGUUUUCGAAUUAUACCUUUUUUAACCCUUUAUUUUUUUUUUAAAGGAAAGAAGAAGACUGCUGACCAAAAGAUAGAAAAAAAAGUGAAAAAGUGAAGACGCUUGCAAUCUGCUGUCUCUACAAAAAAUUAUAAUAAUAAUAAAUGGAUGAGAUGCAAAUGGAGAAGUAUAUCAAACUUAGUUCCUGAAUGAUGGUUGGAUACGAAGGAAUGAUGAUGUUUGUAGAUUGUAAGUUUUUGUUUGUUUGUUUGUUUGUUGAGACGAAUUUUAAAAGUGAUACGGACGGUGACAGACUUAUGUUUAUUUUACAGGAGCAGUGUUUAUUUGAUUUUAGUUUUUAUUUUAUUUAUUUAUCAUUUGCCCUUGAGCUGCUCCGUUACCGUAAAAGAGAAAUGAUUGCCUUGUAUAGUGUUACGAAGACCAGUGGUGUGAUAUGGUUUGACAGUGAAUGCGGUGAUAUAUAUAAACGGUAUACACUUCAUUUUGCUUUCCUUCCCUUCUCUUUCAUUUCAUUUUUAUUUAUUUAUUUGUUUAUUAUACUAUUUUUUUAUUCAUGUAUCAUUUAUUUAUUCAUUUACUCAUUUAUUUAUCUCUAUUUAUUUGCUGGGUAGAAUUUCAGGUGGUAGAGUCUCAUGAUCCAUCAAAUGUUAUGAGGAGGAAGAGAAGCGGCUGUGAUGGUGUUGACAGUGAGGGUUGACAGUGAGUGAAUGUGCUGUUAUGUAGCCCACUGUAUUCCUUUCUUUUGUUCAUGUCCUCUCUCGUUUUCCUGUUUGGUUAUAGUGAAACCAGACUGACGAGAUCGAUUUUGUGUUGGCUCCUACAGGUCCUUUCCCAACACCUAUCUUUUCCUCUCACAUGUCAGCUAUAGGUAACAUAUGAGAAGAGGAGACAGGUGUUGGGACAGGUCGGUAUUACGAGACACUUUUGCUUCUCAUAUCAUCUAUUUCUAAAGGUCAAAGAGGGGGUCAAUCGGGUUCUAAUGAGUAUUUCUUCAGGUUCAUGGUACAGAGGAAGGGUCAAACUACAACCAGGGUGAUAAAACUACUCCUGGAAAUGCCCACAACUCCUACGGAAGCCUUGUCAAAUAGCUGUUCUUGGGAGGUGAAAAUGUCUUACAAUACGACCCUGGGGGACCCUGGGGGACCCUGGGGGGCAUAUUCUCAAACCUAUCGGCGCCCCAGGACACAUAUUUGACACAGUUCUCGUAGGAGUUUUGGGCUUUUCCAGGGGUACUUUUAUGACCCUGGUGGUACUUUGAUCAUUCUUCUGUACCAUGCACCUAAAAUAAUACCCCUUAGAACGCAAUCAAUCUCCCUUUUGCCCUUUGAAAAUAGUUUAUGAGAGGCGAAAACGUCUGAGGAUAUCGACCCUGAGUGGCAGAGCGCUGGGGAGGAAAGGACCCGCGGGAGACAACGCCAAAACGAUCUCGAGAAUAUGGUUUCAUUAUAACUGGAACACGCCCUCGAUCUCUUCUUGGGUAUAGCCUUCGUUGUUUCCUCCCUUCAGUUGUGGCGGGCGUGUCUGCCUGGCCGCCCUACUAUGUACAAUGUGAUCCGGGUUCGUAAUGUAAUAAUCAAAAGGUUUUAAUAAAGAUGCUAUGGUGUGUCUCAGUGGUACAUACUACGGUGUUGUAGAUCAUGUUCAAUAAAGA